AUGGUGUCACCAUUUCUCUCCUCCAACACAAUAAACGACAAAACCACAGAUCUCCUCGUAACUGUCCGCUUCUCCGCUUCAAUUCCCGAUCUCCAACUCGACGUCCCAGACCCAGAGACUACAACAGGCGCAGGUCUAAAGCAAUUAAUUCGCGUCGAGCUACCCCCAGAUCUCUCCUCACACCGUCUCCGUCUUAUCUAUGCCGGCCGUGGUCUAGAAGAUACAACGGCCCUAACAGUCUCACUGAAGCUCUCGCCAUCCCCAAGCCGCAGUCCAGGCCCCGCAUCAGAACCAGAAGACCAAAGCGAAGCCACAACCGAAAAUGGCAAGGGCAAGCAAGCGAUUCGCGAUACACGACCACGACUCUACAUCCACUGCUCAAUAGGCGACAUCGCACUCUCCGACUCGGACCUAGCAAGCGAAGCAGCAGUAGCCUCAACACACCUCCUCCAAGAAAAGAAGAAACAAGCCUCCAAAGAUGCAGUCUCAACUUUAUUCCCCCGCUCCAGCCAGGCCAACACCCAAUCCCAGACAGAGAACCAGCAAUCCGCACAAACCACGACAACCCCCGCACCACGCGGCUUCGACCGCCUCCUCAGCGCUGGAUUCACCAGCGCAGAAGUCACCGCUCUGCGCUCCCAGUUCCUAGCCGUCCAAUCCGUCUCCCAUACACGCGAUACAAUGCCCACGGGGGACCAGCUACGCGAUCUGGAAGAUAGGUGGAUGGACGAGGGUUCGACGGCAGCGGGUGUGGCGGGUGGUGGGGAGGGGAUAGCUGGAGGGGAUGACGAUGGGAGUAUUGGGGCUGGAUCGCGAGGGGCCAUGGAUGAUAUGUUGUGGGGGGCUGUGAUGGGGUUCUUCUGGCCUGUUGGUUGUGCUAUGUGGUUGAGAAGGGAAGAGGGGGUUUGGAGCUGGAGGAAGGGGGUUGCUGUGUUUGUGGGGGUGGUUGUGAAUGCUGCGUUUGGGAUGAUGAGGAUUAUGGGGUAG